UGUGCGUUGGUGCGAGGGUUGGGGCGCCCGAGCUGUGCGAGGGGUGUUGGAUGCCCAGAUGUACCGGAGGCGCUCCCGCCGAGGCGAGGCAUCCAGGCUCCUGGCGACGACCCGCGAAAAAACACCCCUCACCUCCCUCCUCUCGGCCCAGGGCCCCGACUGGAGAGGCUGGGCUCGGCGCCCCGCAGUCAGCGCGCGAACAGCACUCACCUGGGUCCCCGCUUGCCGUGUGCUGCGCCCAGCUCCUGCGCGGUCCCAGGCUCGGCGCCACUGUUCCCCACCGCCCCCCCUCCGCCCCCGGCCGCCCCCACCAGCCCCAGCCCCCACCCCGGGACUGCGAGGGACAGCGUGCGAGCGAGCCCCGUGCGGCGGACAGCCUGGCGCGAGAGGGCCGCCAGGGCCUGUGCUCCCCGCCCGCGCGCAGACUGCCUUCCGGAACCUGGCCUGGCGCGCAGUGUCAGAGGCCCCGCGGCGGCGGCAGGCCGACCCACAGGGGCAUUAGGCCAACUCCCCCCCGCGCACGCGGAAUUCUCUAUUAUUAUUAAAGAAUCCCCCAGAACGUGUUUACGUUGAGCCGUAUAAACUUCCUGCCAGGGCCUUUACC